AUGUCCGGUUUGACAGUUCAGCUCACGGCGCCCAAUGGCCACACCUGGUCGCAGCCAACGGGUCUGUUCAUCAACAACCAGUGGGUGAAGUCGUCGAAUGGCGAGAAGAUUGCUACCAUCAACCCUUCAACUGCCAAGGAGAUCACCUCGAUCUAUGCGGCUUCGGAGCAGGAUGUCGACACCGCCGUCAAGGCUGCGCGCGCAGCUCUCAACAACCCAGACUGGAGAGAGCUUCCGGCCUCCGAGCGCGGCCGCUUGAUGACCCGACUGAGCCAGUUGAUCGAUGAGAACAAGAAGACUCUAGCGACCAUCGAGACAAUCGACAAUGGAAAGCCGUACUUGGUUUCGCUGAAUGAUGAUCUGACUGAGACCUCCGAAACAAUUCGGUACUAUGCUGGCUUUGCGGACAAGGUGUUUGGUCAGGUCAUUGAGACCACCCCCGAUAAGUUCGGGUACACUCUGAGGGAACCGGUUGGAGUUUGCGGGCAAAUCAUCCCAUGGAAUUUCCCUCUCGCCAUGGCAGCCUGGAAACUCGGCCCCGCGCUGGCCUGCGGUAACACUGUUGUGCUCAAGCCCGCCGAGCAGACACCGCUGUCAAUCCUCUUCCUGGCCAAUCUGAUUGUGGAAGCUGGCUUCCCGCCCGGUGUGGUGAACAUCGUCAACGGCCAUGGCAGCAUUGCCGGUGCUGCGCUCGCGUCCCACAUGGACGUUGACAAGAUCGCGUUCACAGGAAGCACCGCGACGGCCAAACACAUCAUGAAGAUGGCCAGCUCAAACCUGAAGAAUAUUACUCUGGAGACUGGCGGCAAGAGCCCAUUGAUCGUUUUCAACGACGCAGACCUUGAGCAAGCAGUGGAAUGGGCGCACAUUGGGAUCAUGUACAACCAGGGCCAGAUCUGUACCGCGACGUCGCGGAUUCUAGUCCAGGACGAGAUCUACGACAAGUUCCUUGCUGCAUUCAAGGCGCAAGUCAAGAAUGUCUCCAAGGUCGGCGAUCCGUUCGAAGAGAGCACCUUCCAGGGCCCGCAAGUGACGCAGGCCCAGUACGACCGCAUCAUGUCGUAUGUCAAGGUCGGGCAGUCCGAAAAGGCAACCCUCGCGUUCGGCGGCAAGCCAUUCAAGGUCGCUGACGGCAAGGGCUUUUUCGUCGAGCCGACCGUGUUCACCGAUGUGACGCCCAAGAUGCGCAUCUACCAGGAAGAGGUCUUUGGUCCUUUCGUGGUGAUCGCCCGGUUCAAGAACGAGGAAGACGCCAUUGCCAUGGCUAAUGAUUCCACAUAUGGUUUGGGAAGUGCCCUGUUCACCACGAACCUGACUCGUGCGCAUCGCGUCGCGAAGAAGAUCGAGGCUGGUAUGGUAUGGGUCAACUCGAGCAACGACAGUGACUGGCGCAUCCCCUUCGGUGGUGUCAAGCAGAGUGGUAUCGGUCGGGAAUUAGGUGAGGCCGGUUUGGCUGCGUACUCAAAUGUCAAGGCCGUCCAUGUGAACAUGAAAUCCAAGCUGUGA